AUGCCCAACGAGAAACCAGUGUGGACAGGUUGUUGGACCGCUGCCAACAAGGUAACCCUGGGCCUUGGAGAUGGACGGGUUCUUGAGUAUGCUGUGGAUUCGGAUUCUACGGAACCAUUGCGGGACUACACUCAAGGAGUUGGCCAUCUUCCCAUAAUUUUCACAGGAUUUGAUCCUGCUUCAUCAACCUUGCUCGUGGCUUCAUUCAAAAAACUCGUAGCUUUCAGAAAUGAAAAGGUCUUUCCUCUCCUGAACAAUAUAGACGAUCAUUUCGACAAAAUGAGGUCGAUCAGUUUCGAUGAAACCUCGUUGCAUUUCGCUGUAACGUUCUCGCCAGGUGGUCGCCAUCCUGGUAUAUCUCAUAGGCUUUAUCGUCUUGAGGUAGACGACGAUAAUGACGAGGCAAUGAUUCGCUUUCCCUCGAGCGCCGUUGUCGCCGCCAUUCGGGCUGUUCCAGCUGCAUGUGAUACAAGAAAAACUGUCGUGGUGCUUGCCGACAAAGCUAUAUUUUCGAUUGCUUUCGGUUUGUCAGAUGUGGUGUCAUGA